CUAUAUCCACGCGUAUAAGAUUCGUGGAUGAAUUUGGCACCGAAGGUGGAAAACCACUUCAUCAUCUCCACCAACCAACCUUCUUUAUGGGUUGUUGUUGCGACGAAGACGACGGCGACAUUCUCCGCCACCUCAUGAAUUCUUCUUCAUCAUCAUCCGAAACCCUACCUCCACCUCAACCUACCUCUACAGUAAUCUCACCGAUGAAUUCUCAUUUCUCUGCACUAUCCUCCACCGACACGCUCCAAAUCAUCUUCGAGAAGCUUCCAAUCCUCGAUCUCGCCCGCGCGAGUUGCGUAUGCCGAGUCUGGAACUCGGUCGCCUCUCAAAGGGAUAUGGUAACCAGAGCUUUCUUAGCAACGUGGAAAUUGAAGGACGUAGUUGGAAACCCGUUAUCUAGAAGCUUCUGGAGAGAUAAUUCACUUGCCAAAUUCGCAAUCUCCCAUCGCAUUAUGCGUGGUGAUAGCGUUGCUAGUCUCGCCGUUAAGUACUCCGUUCAGGUGAUGGACAUAAAACGAUUGAACAACAUGAUGAGUGAUCAUGGCAUAUACUCGAGGGAAAGAUUAUUGAUUCCUAUUAGUAAUCCCGAUAUUCUUGUGAAAAGAACUUGCUUUAUUGAGCUUGAUGUUUAUGCUAAACGAGAAGUUGCAGUGUUGUAUCCGGAUGAUGUACCGGACAUAAAGAGUACACAUGUAUCAAACAGAAUAUCCUCAGAAGAAAGCAACAAAAAGGUGCUUGAUUCCUUGAAAAGAAGCAUGCAAGUUGAUAGUGAAACUGCUCAAUACUACUGGUCUGUUUCAAAUGGUGAUCCUCGAGCUGCUCUUGCUGAAUUUUCUGCGGAUCUUCAGUGGGGUAGGCAAGUAGGUCAUUCCUAGUCUUUGGAAGGUUAAUUCAAUUUCGACCCUUGUUUGGAACAAUCAUAAGGUUUGGUUACAGGCAAAUGGAUAAUAAUGAAUAAUCAAGAUAUUGGACUGGGCAAGUGCAAGUCAUUUCAUGCUAUGUGAUAUAUAUAGUUCAACUACUAAUGUGGUAUAUGUGUUCAGAAUUUGUGUAACUUGUAAUUGUUUAUAAAUAAGUAUAUAUACAAGAAGACAGUGUAUCAUUUUUAAAAUUGCAAUUGAAACUGCAUGCUGAGUCCAUGUUUAGUAAAA